AUGCACUCCACCACCAUGACUUCCUCCGAGACCAAGUACAUCUACAUCACCAACCUUCGGGGCGGCCAGGCAAUUCGCGCCGACCCCAACCUCUUCCUCCCCGACGACGACGAGGAGGAGCAGGCGACGACCACUCGCCCGCUGUACCCGCCUCGCAACUCGUCCGUCUCGUCGACGUCGUCGACCUCGUCACGACUCUCGUCUGCCGAGCCCUCGGAUCAGGAGUAA